UGUUACUCUCAACUGUUGUUUCCACUCCCACUUUUCUCCAGAUCUGUUCUCCCCAAAGGCAUUUUCAGGUAAUUUCAAAACCCUAUCCCCAGAUCUCUCCUCCCGCUCCUCCGCGUUUAUAAGUAAGUUGGAAAAGAUGGGUCGUGGAGUUAGCAGUGGUGGUGGGCAGAGCUCAUUGGGCUAUCUGUUUGGGAGUGGAGAAGCUCCGAAACAAGCAACAAACAAGUCCCAAGCUGCUCCGACUGUAGCACCAGCUGCCCCCAAACCCGCCCGUUCUCCUGAACCAGUUGAUAUUGCAAAGCAAGUUCCUGCUGGUAUUAACAGUGCUUCUGCAAACUAUCACAUGCGUGCUGAUGAUCAGAACACCGGCAAUUUCAUUACGGAUCGACCUUCCACCAAGGUUCAUUCUGCCCCUGGAGGUGGAUCCUCUCUGGGCUACCUUUUCGGUGGGGUAUCUGGAGGUAGUAAACGAGUUUGUGACUUUAUAAUAAUAACAUCUUUGAUAACGGGGGUAUUGUUUGUUGAUUUUUGGGUUAAAGCAUUACAUCGUGGGUGAUGAUGAUGCUCUGUUUUUAUAUGAUGUUUGAGCAUAAAAACAAUGAAAACAUGCCUGUCUGGUGGUGUAAUG